CCCCCCAUUAAUUUAUUGAUAGGAUUCUGUACAAGGUUUAGUUCAGGUAGUUACCACAGCAAAUAUCUUGUUAUGUUAGGUAUGGGUAGUGAAAGUAGCUGGAAUCCUGUUUUUACACUCUUGUGAAAUCAUGCUCGCUGAGGAAGAAAAAAAAGGAAAGGCGGGGGAAGGAAAUAAACUCUAUGGUUCUUAAUGGUGGCAUGAGUUGCCUGACUAGUUCAGUUGAUAAGAGUAUGAGACCCUUAAUGGUGGCAUGAAAGUAAGCAGGAGUCCACGUGCCAUUAGACAUUAAUGCCAAAAGGAAAUCAGACUCAGCAUAAAGGAGAUUAAAAACAAUUUUUUUUAUGUUUAUAUUUGAGAGAGACAGAGCAUGAGUGGGGGAAGGGCAGAGAGAGACAGAGACACAGAAUCUGAAGCAGGCUCCAGGUUCCAAGCUGUCAGCAACAAGCCUGAGGCAGGGCUCAAAACCCAUGAACCUCAAGAUCAUGAACUAGAGUUGGAAGCCUAACUGACUAAGCCACCCAGGCGCCCAAGCAUAAAGGAGAUUUUAAAUAUAGUUUUCUAGGUUCGUGGAGUCUGUGUGGACUGUGUGUCUGAGGACAAUUCUAACAGGAGAAAAUUCAUCUGGAACAGAGGACCAGAGACUUGAGUUGUCAUAAAAGGCACAAAGAAAGUGUAGCUUCUGAGCUAAAUGAUGGCAACGUUGCAGAGUAAAGAAGAACAUGGGAAGGGGUCAAAGAAAACCUUCGCCCCACCUGUACAAAAAAUGCAUAGCCUGAUGUGCUAUAGCCCUAACUCACCCAAGGAGGAGAUCCUGGGGAUCAGUUCCUCAAAGGACAGGUUAGAGAAGAAGGAGGAGAAAGCAAUCACAGAAAAUGGUCCAAGCAGUGGCCAGGAGAAAAAAGGAAAGGCUCAAGACAAGCAAGCAGAGAAGAAAGAAAAGGAAAAAUUAAGUCUCACCAAUGCAGAAUUUGAGGAGAUUGUCCAGACUGUGCUACGGAAGUCCCUCCAGGAGUGUUUGGAGACUUCCUGUGCCCAGCCCAUAAGAUGUGCCCAAUUAGACAAGGAACCAGGAAUUGCUUCUUCUACUGAUAAUGAUAAUGCUGAUGGAGAGAAGGUAAUGGUACCUCAUAUUCUAGAGAUUUCAGCCACUAAGGAAGCUGGAGUAACCUCUGUGAUAGAGACACCUAAGCCAGGCCAGCCAGAUCCUCCACCUUCUGAGAAGAAAUUCAAUAGAUUCUCCUUAAGCAAAGGAAAGAAAGGAGCCCAAGAUGAGAAAAUGGAGAAAGCCCAAAGUGGACGUGAGCCCAGACAGAAAGCUCAACUGAAAAAAACAGUUCAAAAUCAUUCUCAGAUCAGAAACCAACAAAAAGGAGAAGUCAGUGGUUUUGGUCAGUGUCUCGUCUGGGUCCAGUGUUCCUCCCCAAACUGUGAGAAGUGGAGGCGGCUUUGUGGGAACAUUGACCCCUCAGUGCUUCCAGAUAAUUGGUCCUGUGAUCAGAAUACAGACUUGAAGUAUAAUCGCUGUGACAUCCCUGAGGAGUCCUGGAUAGGGCAUGAGAGUGAUGUGGCCUAUGCCUCCUACAUUCCAGGAUCUAUCAUCUGGGCCAAGCAAUAUGGUUAUCCUUGGUGGCCAGGCAUGGUAGAAUCUGAUCCUGACCUGGGGGAAUAUUUUCUUUUUGCUUCUCAUCUUGAUUCCCUGCCGUCUAAGUACCAUGUGACAUUUUUUGGAGAGACAGUUUCUCGUGCUUGGAUCCCAGUUAACAUGCUGAAGAACUUCCAGGAGCUGUCCCUGGAGCUAGCUGGAGUGGAGAAGCUGUGUUGGGAGAAAGUCCCAUGUCUGACCAAGUGUGCAAGGGUGAGGUUAUUCAUGAGGGACUCUUCUUUCUAUCAGAAAAAGUGCAGGAACAAGGAUUGCAGUCAGAAACUGGGAGUGGCCCUGAUGAUGGCUCAGGAGGCAGAACAGAUCAGUAUUCAGGAACGGGUUAACUUGUUUGGUUUCCGGAGCCGAUACAAUGGAUCUGACAAUAGUCGGGAAGGAAAAGACAUAACGCUUACUGGGGCUAACAGCCCAGAUUCCCACGUGGAGAAAGAAGGGGAAGAGGCCGUGUUGGAGGAGGUAGAGGAGGAGGAAGAAGAGGAAAAAGACUCAACUUUGCCCAGUCCCAAGCCAGCCAAAAUUCAGACAAAAAAACCCAAGGGAAGAGGCAUAGCAGAUGGACGAGAUGGGAUCCUGCAAAGGAAGACAACGAAGAGAUCUCUGGGAAAUGAAUCUGCAGCAACGCCUGUACGCAUAAUGGGAAGGAAAGAAGGACACAGGAAUUCAGAGCCUGACCAGCCAGUUUUAUCACUUUUUCAUCCAGGCCCUAAGAAAAAAUUUAAAGCUCCCCAAAGCAAAGCUGCAGGAACCAACUUCCCUGAGGACAAAGAAGCUAGGAUGGAGCCAAAGGGCCCGACCCCACCAGCUCAUCUUGGGGCUUGUCCCAUGGUGGGGAAAGAAGGCUCAAAGUGUCCUCAGGAGGCUGGAAGCGUCCCCCAUGACAAUGAAGCCUCCAGUGACCUGGACCUGGAGCAACUCCUGGAAGAUGUUGGAGAAGAGCCGGAGCAGCUGGAGGAGCCACAGUGUGGAGAUGACCCUGGGGAGUUCACCACGACCUUCUUUGAGGAAUAGCUGUGUGCUCCUGCCUCACCUGCUUCCACAGGAGCAGCAGAGAGAGCCCCUCAGAGGGUCCCUGAGAAGCUACUAAGUGUGGGGUUUGUUCCUCAGCUACAGGUCAAUUGGCUAAAGUCACGGCUCUGCAGUUUAUGUGUUAAUAAAACAGGUUACCGGCUUAA